AUGAGUAUCUCCAUGCUAAGCCCCAUGGGACUCUUAAGAGUUAUCCCUGGACCCUUCCAAGGGGCCUUCCUGCUCAGCCUGAUUUUACUGCUUAUCAAGGUGGCCCAGUUCUACCUGCGCAGGCAAUGGCUGCUCAAAGCUCUGCAGCAGUUCCCAUCACCUCCCUCUCACUGGCUCUUCGGACACAAGUAUGAGUUUCAAAAGGAUCAAGAGCUGCAACAGAUCCUGAAAUGGAUAGUUAAAUACCCAUGUGCCUUUCCUCGCUGGAUGUGGGGGAGCAAGGUCUUCUUCCAGAUCUAUGACCCUGAUUACCUAAAGGUGAUUCUGGGAAGAGCAGAUCCAAAGUCUACUGAAUUACACAAUUUCCUGAGCCCCUGGAUUGGAGAAGGUCUGCUCCUGUUGAAUGGGCCGACAUGGUUCCAGCACCGACGGAUGCUGACUCCUGCCUUCCACUAUGACAUCCUACAGCCCUACGUGCAGCUCACGGCUGACUCUGUCCAAGUGAUGCUGGAAAAAUGGGAGGAGCUUGUCACCCAGGGCUCACAUGUGGAACUCUUUGAACAUGUCUCCUUGAUGACCCUGGACACCAUCAUGAAAUGUGCCUUCAGCUACCAUGGCAACGCCCAGUUGAACAGGAGCACCCACCCCUACAUCAAGGCUGUUGGAGACCUGUCCAACCUAUUUUUUUCACGUGUGAGGAAUGCCUUCCAUCAGACUGACAUGAUCUACAGAUUGACACCUGAGGGCCGCUUAAACCACCAAGCCUGUGAACUUGCCCACAAACACACAGACCAAGUGAUCAAGCAGAGGAAGACAUAUCUGCAGGAAGAGAGAGAACUGGAAAAGAUUAAAAGGAAGAAGAAUUUGGAUUUUCUCGACAUUCUCCUCUGUGCAAAAAUGGAGGACGGGAGCAGCCUGUCCGACCAGGACCUUCGUGCCGAAGUGGACACAUUCAUGUUUGAAGGCCAUGACACCACAGCCAGUGGCAUCUCCUGGAUCCUCUAUGCCCUGGCCAUGCACCCCAAACACCAGCAGACUUGCCGGGAGGAGAUUCAGAGCCUCCUGGGGGAUGGCUCUUCCAUCACAUGGGACCAUUUAAGCCAGAUGCCCUACACCACCAUGUGCAUCAAAGAGGCUCUGCGAAUCUACCCUCCAGUGCCAAAUAUUAGCCGAGUUCUCAGCAAACCUAUCACCUUUCCUGAUGGACGCUCCUUACCCAAAGGAAUCACAGUCUUACUGAACAUUCACGCCCUUCAUCACAAUCCAAAGGUGUGGUCCAAUCCAGAGGUUUUUGAUCCUUUCCGGUUUGCACCAGGCUCCACGCAACAUAGUCACGCCUUUCUGCCCUUCUCAGGAGGAUCAAGGAACUGCACUGGGAAGCAGUUUGCUAUGAAUGAGCUAAAGGUGGCCGUGGCCUUGACGCUGCUCCGCUUUGAGCUGUCACCAGACCCCACCGGGAUCCCCGAGCCUGCUGCAGGAAUUGUGUUGAAGGGCAGGAACGGAAUCCACCUGCAUCUGAAGAAGCACCACUAACCCAGUUCUGGAGGCCUGACGUCUGGAAUGGAUUCUACAGGAGAAAAUCAGAGUGGUGUGAGGAGAGUCUGCAUCCGGAGACUCCAGGAGAGUAGAGUAGCUAUUCCCCGCCCUUCCCCAAUGUCUAGAACAGCUGCCCUCUAUCGGGUCCCUGUGAGUCCGACAUGACUGGGCGGCAAUGGGUUCAGAGCUGGUCUUCGAUUCCAUCACUGGGGCCUCCUCCAAAGUCUGCAGUUUCUCAAAUCUCCCUGCUUCUGCCUGCAUACUGCCUUCUCUGCUGCAAGGAAGUUUGUGAUCACUUGGUGGCUCUCAGACGACCUUUAAUCAUCUCGUUUCAAAACCCUUAGUGGAAUCGUGCUUGCGAAGUCCUUUGUGCCAUCUGCGCUUCUGUAGUCAGUUUCCACAGCUUUGACUGUAGACCCUGGAGCGUCGUUUUUCAGCAGGCCACAGUCCUCUUGGGAUUGCUGUUUGCUCCGUCACACCUGAACCUCCCCUCCCUACACACGGUGUCAUGCACUCCAUCCUGUGAUUCGUUCCACCCUCCACCACCCUGCCCUGGCAGAAUAAAGCUCACAGUGUUACAUGGAGGGUCGGUCCUCCCUGGAGAAGGCAGAAGAGAGGGAGGAUGAGGGGAAGCAGAAGGAAAAGGCAGUGACCCUUGCCCUGUGAUGCCUGGGACCCUGUGUGCGACCUCCAGUUACAGAAGCCCCUCCUCUCUGUGGUCCUUGGUGCCCAGGCGCCAUGUGGGUCCUGAAAGAUG